GCCGUGGGUCACCUGUGCUAACCCGAGCCCACACCCGGCAGCCGUUCCGCAAUCCGUUACCCGACGGCAAGCGCUCUCCCGGCGGGUUGCCCCUCCCCCACCUUCGGCCUUUCGCCCCUACUGUGUAUGGCCGGGGCACUCCGAGUCUCGACACCAAUAUUUACUUUAUGCGCCCCCGACUAGGGGACCUUCUUUAACUCUCAGCACCAACUCCAAUACCAACUUCAAAAUCUGUAACUACUGCCUAGCAAACAGCCCAACACCAGCCAAGAUGGCAGCCGAAAAGACCGCCGCGUGGGAGAAGUCGAUCCAGCGCAACCCGCACCCCGACUUCAAGAAAGUCGAAGCAUCCCGCCCACCCUUCGACCCCUCCACCACCCUCACUUACACCCAAACCCCGGACCCCAACUGGCGGUUCGGCUCCGGCGCCAACUCCACCACCGACCCAUCCGACGCCGCGAAGAAGCACAUCGCAAUCGACCCGUACGAAGCGGACCGCCCCGCCGGGUUCAACUACAAGCUCCUGAUCUCCGCCAUCGUGCCACGGCCCAUCGCCUUCCUAUCCACCCGAUCCGCCGACGGAUCCACAACCAACCUCGCCGUGUUCAGCUACUUCCAACUCAUCGGCCACGACCCGCCGCUCUUCGUGGUCGGCUUCGCCUCGGCGCUCGAGGCCGGGCGCGCCAAGGACUCGCUGCGCAACCUGCACGAACGGCGCGAGUGCGUCAUCAACAUGAUCAGCGAGGGCUUCGUCGAGGCCGCCAACAGCACCAGCGUCAACGCGCCCUACGGUGUGAGCGAGUGGGCCGUCAGCGGGCUGACGCCUGUUUAUGACUGUGAGACGGUUGGCUGUGCGCGGGUGAAGGAGGCGGUGUUCUCGAUUGAGGGCAAGUUGGAGAGUGUGAGGGAGUUUGAGAGCCGUUCGACGCCCGGGAAGGUGACGGCUACGCUGGCGGUGAUUGAGGGGACGCGGUUUUGGGCUAGGGAGGAUGCGGUGAAUGAGGAGAGGAAUAUCAUUGACGCGAAGGUGCUACGGCCGAUCAGCAGGUUGGGGGGGAUCACAUAUGGUCGACAGACGGAAGCAUAUGAGCUACCACGGCCGGACUUUGAGAAGGAUUUGGGUGGUAUGGAGGGCGCGAAGAAGUUGGAGAGCAAGGAUAUACCCAAUUAGGGUAGGCUACGGAAAGGCCGAGUCACGUUGCUUGUUAGCCACGUUAUAGACGGUAGAACUUGGGAUAGACAACGGUAGUAAUGUGUGAUGAUUUAUCAAAGGGCUCUCUCUAUAUUGGAGUUUUAGGGGUAAAAUGAACCGGGGAAGGUUGGAUGGUAGUCGUAGCCAUGAUGACAUCCUUUCAUCUGAAGAGGUAGCUUGAAACAGACGGCGCAAGUAAGAGUAGAAAAUACCGUUCCGAAACCAUGAACCAUUUGAACUUAGACUCUCAGCAAGAGAACAGG